AUGUCGCCACGAGGCGGCCACCUCAAAGAUGAGGGCUCAAGACUCCAAGUCGUAUCAGCUGGCGCAAUAGCUGGGCUCGUCUCUCGAUUCAUCGUCGCGCCCCUCGACGUCGUCAAGAUCCGCCUCCAGCUCCAGCCAUACUCUCUCUCCGACCCCUUGGCCCCCCUCCGCGAAGCCCCCGCCUACCGCGGCACCGUCCACACCAUCAAGCACAUCCUCAAGCAUGAGGGCCUGACGGGUCUGUGGAAGGGCAAUGUCCCUGCAGAGCUCAUGUACGUGUGCUACUCGGCCGCCCAAUUCACCGCCUACCGCUCCACGACCGUCUUCCUGCAGACCGCGCUGCCCCGGCGCCUGCCCGACUCGGCCGAGACCUUCGUCGCCGGCGCCGUCUCCGGGGCGGCUGCUACGAGUGUCACGUACCCUCUCGACCUGCUGAGAACGCGAUUCGCCGCCCAGGGGAGGCACAAGGUGUAUUCCUCCCUCAGAGGCGCUCUGUGGGACAUCAAGCGCGACGAAGGGUUCAGGGGCUUCUUCCGCGGCCUGGGUCCUGCGCUGGCCCAGAUCAUCCCCUUCAUGGGCAUCUUCUUCGCCUCAUACGAAGGUCUGCGGCUCCAGCUCAACGACCUCCAUCUUCCUUGGGGCAGUGGCGACGCCACCGCCGGCAUCAUGGCCAGCGUUAUGGCCAAGACGGCCGUCUUCCCCCUCGACCUCGUGCGCAAGCGCAUCCAGGUACAGGGCCCCACGCGAAGCAAGUACGUGUACAACGACAUUCCCGUGUAUACUUCCGCAGGUCGGGCUAUACGGGUCAUUUUCCAGACGGAGGGGCUGCGAGGCCUGUAUAAGGGUCUGCCUAUUAGUUUGAUCAAGGCUGCUCCUGCGAGUGCAAUUACGCUGUGGACGUAUGAGCAGAGUUUGAAGCUCUUGAUGAGCUUUGACGAAAAUAAAGACGACAAAGGGGCAUUGUAA